CUAGGACGUCUACUCCUUACCUUUUCUAUUCCACUAUACCUGAAGCUGGAGGUCUCCUGCGUAUAGCGGAUGAGAUUGGGGAGUGUGUCGGACUAUCCAAUGUUCUAGACGUUUUAGUUAUGACUCUUGUUCACAAGAAGAUUUCAGCUUAGUUAUGAACUCUUGUUCACUUGGAUGGACAAGGAGUGUCUCCUGGGAAAAAGAAAAUCUAUAUUUAUUCCCACUGGAGCUGAAUCGUUUUGCGUACCAUAUUUAUUACCUCCUUCUAACUCCCAGCUUGCUUUCGGUCCCGCAUACGGACGGAAUAUGGACGCUGCAAUUAGUGCGAUGGAACAAGCUAGAGAUCUUUUUUUUUUGGAUGGUGAAACUGAAAACUUAACACGUCGUAAUCUCGAUCUAGCGGAUGGGAAUUUGUUCGCGAUAUUAAUCGCUUUUUUCCGGAACUUGGGGAAACGUGGCGUUGAGUCCAACGACAGCCGCAAAAUGCUGUCUAUUCGACUAGAGGGAAGCGAUCUAUUAGCGAGCUGGCCAGGAGGAGCAAGGACAGUGGGUGCUACGAG